AUGGAGGAGGCGUUACCUCUCCUGCAAAAAACCAGCUGUAAAUCUGGCCGGCAGUCAAGAUGCUAUAUGCCCGCUCGAUACGUUCUAGCAGCCUUGUCCUGUUCGGGUUUUUGUGUGGUGUAUCUUCUCCGAGUGAAUUUGAGCGUGGCUCUGGUGGCCAUGGUCAAUUCCACCUACGCAAACGAACAGGCCUCUGGAAAUAACCCCGAAUGCCAGAGGAAUUCUUCGACAGAUUCAAAGCAAAAGGUUAGAAGGCAACGUGUUUAGUAUAAAGUACAUGUAUGUUCAAGUUAAUCGACCGUAGUUUCACGUGCUUUGGCUGGAAAGAACAACAUGACAGUCACAUGCGUCAUCAAAAAAUACUGAUGUGAUUCGUUGUAAGCUUUAUCGUCGUCGAAUAAAGUAGUCCAAGAUUGAAAAUUUGCCGAGAAUUUAAGUGGCGCUAUGUCUAUGUCAACAUGUAUGGUUAAUUUUUGAGCGAUUAUCACGCUUGUUGUGUAUAUAAACACUGCAUUGAAUGAUAUCCUUUUCAAAUCAGUAUUGUUACAUGUGUCCUUUGGAGACACCAUGUGUUUGUCAACUUCUUUUGACGUCUAGAUGGUUUGCCAUGGGCCAAAAUUACGAAUAUUAUUAAUUAUACUACAUGCACAUGUAUUAUUAAUAUAUUAGGUAUUGUGGAUUUAUUCUAGUUGUUGUUUUUGUUUUUGUUGUUGUUGUUUUUGUCUCGGUCUGUUAUUAGACCAUUGUUUUGUAGUCCAGGCCCCACUUGCUCAAAUGUUGGAUAGCACUAUCCACCGGAUGUAAAUCACUAUGCAGUGGAUAUUAUUAAAAUAGGGGAACUAAUAAUUAGUUAUUGCAGUAUCCAAAGGAUAGAGGCAAUACUAUCCAGUGGAUAGCGUCAUCUGCCAAAUGGUGCCAGAGGAAAGAAACUUUUAAAUGAGUCUGGAGAGAUUCACUAUUUUCUUGAUCAUAUCACAUUGUUGAAUUAACAGUAAUAAAAAUUGCAAUGUCACCACUCUGUAAGAAAAAAAAUUCUAUAAAGUGAAGGUCUUCAGAAGGUUAUUGCAGUGGCAAACAGAAUUGAAUGGCUUUAUAAACUUGUUGGAAUGAAUCUGCAGAAGCUAGAAGCUAAUUAAUGUGGGGUUCUACAGCACACUUCAAAAUAAUUUGCACUGACAACUUGUAGCUAUAAGUUCGCAAGGUCUCAUUGUUUAUGGUUUAUCCUUUUCAAAGGCAUGGUUUUUCCAACCCGUCUUUGAAAGCGUUAGUGUCAAUGUCAGUUUAACACUUGUUAUCGAUGCAAUGAUUUGUUACUCUUAGUACUUUAAAGUAUGAUUUAAGAUGGAAACCUGGAAAGCUUUGUUCUUACCAUUCAAUUGCUCGCAAGUGUGUUCUACAGUCGAACCUCCUGUAAGCAACCACCCAAAAUGCAAGGAGUUGGUGGUCGCUCAGAGCCGUCAACAAGUUUUUAACAGCAGGCAGAUAAUGAAUAGUAGGCAGCUUUGGAACUUGUACCAAAGGAACAAGUUCAUGAGGACUGAGGCAUCUAGGGACAUUUUGAAAUUUAGAGUCUUGGAAAUGGCAUUUCCAGGGGUUUUAUUUUUCCACCAUGGAUGCCAGGAUGUUGUUUCGUCAGAAUUCACAUAAGACUGGGAACAUGCAAUGCCAUCAAAAUAUCUCAGGCAUUCCACAACAUUGCACGGUUUGAACGCGUUACACAUCUAAACCUGUUUAAAUAUGUAUUCAACGUCAUUCAAAACUCCAGAAAAUUUGGCUGUUUUUGAUAAGUGGUACGUUGCUUACUUAGUGUACUUGGAUGGGAGGUGGUCGCUUACGAGAGGCGAUUGCACAUGGAGUUUUUUCUGUACAGUCAACUCUCCCUAAGACGGACACCUUUGGGACAAGUACUAUGUGUCCAUCUUAGAGAGAAGUCCAUCUUAUAGAGAGUAAAAUAAGGGGAGUAAAGAAAAGCAGGGACCAACUCUAGGUGUCCGUUUUACAGAGGUGUCCGUCUUAUAGAGGUGUCUGUUAAGAGAGAGUUGACUGUACUUUAUACAUGAAUCUCUAACUUUUGAGUCUUUUCGAUCUAUGGGACCAUCCAAGUGAAUGACCCUCUUUUGUAGUACUAAUUAUUUUAUUUAGUAUUUUAGUUCUAACCUUGAGUCCUUGGGUUAUUCAACUAUGCCAGUAAAAAUUAGUUAUUUUUAUCUGUACUUUCACUUCGUACUUAUAUAUUUAUUAAUGUUAGAAUGUACAGAGUACUAACUUUUGAGUCUGUGGAAGAAAUCCCAUAGUGUGACCAUUUAAAUGAAAUCUCUGUGACAGAACUUUUGGAUAGUGCUUUUCAUUUCUUUGGAUUUUACAAAAAGAAAUUUAGAUUUUUUUUCUUAAGUGACAGAACUUAUUGAGUGCAGGACAGUAUUUAGAUGAGAGGUGAGCUCCUGUCUCCUCUUAAUUAUUAUAAAUGUGUCCAAACAUUUUAGAAUCAGUCUUUUUGACUGUGUGAUAAUCAAAAUUGUUUUGUAGGAUGGGGAGUUUAACUGGGAUCAAAAAACACAAGGUAAACUGCAUGCUAAAUCUGUUUAAUUUGGCUUGUGAAUAAAGCUUUUGUUUUUAAUUACUGAGCACCUACUUUUAGCGGAGCUCUACACGUGCGCAAAGGAGCCCUAAGCUUAGAAAAUUCUAUUCGAGAAAUUUUGGUAGUGCACCUGGUGGACAUCCAUCCAUCCACCCAUCCGUUCACACUACAGGCCAACCAAUGUGAUAUCUCACACUUUCUUAGCUAGUAUGGCAGCCCGUCACCUGAUAUUGCACAUCCGUGUUGGGGUGAAUUGACAGCUGUCAAAACAGGGUAGUCACUGAACAUUAUCAUGACUGUUUCACUGGCUAAGGUGUCGACCCAUUGAGGGAACAUUUUGAAGUUUCCCGCUGAUAAGUUAUAUUUACUAGUUUUCAACUGAUUACAGGCUCAACUCCAAGUAGAUUUCCUUGUAAUGGUUACACUUUUUUUGUUUGAAGUAAAAAAAUUUAUUAAUGGGAACUUUGCCUUUAGCCUUGGCUAAAUCAUUUUACAGGCCAUCUGAUAUUACGUGAUGGCGCGAUUUCGCAUAAUUGACCUCAAAUCGCAUCUGAUCGCACAAUUUGAGGAAAAUUGCAUAAUUCUUAAAAAAAUGCUAAAUUCAAGUAAAGUAAACAAUGAAUUCUAACUUUAAUUAAACAUUUUCCCAAUCGUAAUGUUAUUUAUGGUGAUUUACCACUAAAGAAAGUCUUGCAAGGCAUCUGAAACCUUCGAUCGCGGUAUCUGUGCAGCCAUUUUGAUUUCAGAGACAAGCAGUGUGGUCAGCGGUGAAACAGCAUUAUGUAAUAUUAAGCAAGUGUCCUUUUUCUUUUCCGGGUCAAAAUAAUCGGACAAAUUUAACUAUUUUGUUUUAAAAUAGAUGUUUUAUCAUUCCUUUACAUUCAAAUUGCCUGUUAAGUGGUUUUUCUUCUUUGAAACCCGGUAAAACAAUGUAAAUUAGCCCUAAAAAAAUCGUGUAAUUUAUUGCAUAAUAGUCCUAUCUUAUCGCAUGGAAUCUACCCUGAAAAUAUCGCACAAUUUCUGAUUUUUUAUCGCACCCUAUGAGAUGGCGUGAUUCUAUGAUCUUGUUAGUUAGCUUUGGGAGGUGAUCAUACAGUUCCUGUUCUUCAGUUUGAGAUAUUGUCCCACCAAAUUAAGAGAUGUUGAAUGCUACUGCGUGGAGGCACCAUCAAUUUUCUCCUCCUUUAUUUCAAUUUUUAGUUUUUAAAGUUUGAUGCUUGUAUUUUGGCUCUGUAGGUAUUAUCCUGGGUUCAUUUUUCUAUGGAUAUAUCAUCACUCAGUUACCUGGUGGAUGGCUGGGAGCACGGUUUGGUGGAAAGUAUUUAUUUGGCCUAGGAGUGCUUUGCACUUCUGUGUUGACAAUUUUCACUCCUCUUGCUGCACGUCAUAGUGUUGGAAUGUUAAUUCUGGUGAGAAUACUGGAAGGAUUAGGAGAGGUAAAAUACUUAGUUGUAAACUUUCUGUACAUAGUUGAUCCAUUUUAAUCCUCUAAUUAAUCCCAUACAUUUGGAUAACAACAAAUACAUUGUAAAAUGCAAGUUAAUUGAAUGGUAAAAGUCAUGACAAAAGGCAGCCCUUAUAAUUACAUUUAGGCUAUGUUUGUAAUACACAUAAAUCAGUCGCCUUAGUUUGCCAGCAGCAUGGUAGCGAGUGGAAUAGCUAAAAAUAUUAGUGGUUCCAGCUGUAAAAAUCCCCUGGCAAGUAACCAUUAGCAAUCUUCUUUCAAUUAUUUUUUAUAAGUUAAUUAUUCCUACUCAUGGAAAAAGGAACAGGUAAUGCUUAAUGCUGAGAGUCUCGUGCCCUUAGUGACUCUCUUACGUACUCUCUUAUUAAACCAUUUUUGUGUUUAUUUAGAUUGGGGAAAACUUGGUCACAUGUUACAGUUCACCAUUUGAGUAAACAUUAAUGACACAUCUGAUUCUAAAUCUCACAAAUCAUUGUAAGCUAAUCCCCAGAACUAGGGUUAUUUGUUGUGGAAUUUUAUCUUUUGUACAGUUUGAAUUUUGUUUUCCUUUGUUUACAACUCAUACAUUACCAUACCCCAUAACAAAGGAAAAUAAAAUUUAAACCAAGGGUAAAAUAAUGAACCACAAGAUAUUCAUGUACUUUUUCACCUUUAAUCCUCUCUUAUUUACAAUGAAAACCAAACUCUUUUGUCGUUAUUCUAUCCGCAUUAAUUAUUGCGGGUGAGGAGAGCAGACCACAGUCCUGAUCUCCAGGUUAUUAUGCAUGUACGGUAAUUACCGGUAAUGGACUUGGACUAAGAAUGAGUGGAAUGCAUAGAACGCAAUUUGAUCUUGAAAGCAUGUUUGGAUCUUAUUUUACUCUUAUUCCGAUCAUUUAUGUUUUGAUCUUCUACCAUGUGAAACAUAUGCAUAGCACAGUGUUGGAGCAAGAGUAGUUUGUCCUUCGAUAGAUCUCACCCACACUCCUAGUUUACAAUCUGUGCAAGUGAACAGGCACUUAAAUAGAACUGCUCUGAAAGUUCUGUUGUAAGAAUCUCCCUGCGUCAUGUUGUUUCAUGCAGGGUGUGACGUUCCCAGCUAUGCAUGCCAUGUGGAGUAGUUGGGCCCCUCCAUUAGAAAGGAGCAAACUGGUCACUUUAUCUUAUACAGGUACGUACUGCUAUAUGUACAUUUUAAAUCAAGUCCACUGUUAACUGCCACCUGGUAGCUCGGUUGGAAAUCUGCUGGUCUGCUGAGAGGGUGGCCAUGAGUUCAAUUUCCGACUGAACCACCAACUUAACCAGGGUCUUGAAAAAAUACUGUUAAGAUCAUGUUACCGUAAAAUUCCGAAAAUAAGCCCCUCCAUGCAUAAGCCCCUCCAAAUAUAGGCCCCCCAAACUUGUAAUGCAAAGAACCGUCUGUUAAAUCGCCCCUCUAUAUAGGGCUUGUACUUGGAAAAGUGCCUUCAAAUACAAGGAAAAAAAAAGCAAAAAUGGUAAAUUUCCUUCCAACUGUAAGGUUCGCUCAAGCAAUUAUGAAAUGCAAAUUUCCCUCCAUAGAUAAGCCCCUCCGAAUAUAAGCCCCUCAAAAAGGGCCUUUGAAAAAAGGCCCCGGGGCUUAUUUUUGGAAUUUUACGGUACCUUUACACUGUAAGUGUGAUAAAAACCUCAUGUCAGUCUAGAUGGUUGUGUCUUUUGGUAGUGACGUUCUGCCGUUGACCUUCUUCUCUAUUUUAUUAGUACAAGAGUACUUGCUUAUUUUUCUUGUUUAUUUAUCACAAAGGCCUUCAACUUGGCACCAUCCUGGGUAUGCCAGUGGCAGGAGUUCUUUGUGGGUCUGACUUGUGGGGAGGAUGGCCAUCUGUAUUUUAUAUCUUUGGUAAGUUUGUACCCAGCAGUGGAGGUGAUUAGAACCUCUACAUCUCUCAUGAAAAGAUGACAUAUCUUAACCCAUUCGCCCCUGAACCGCCCGUAACCGCCCGUGCGGAUCCAGGUCCUUUCUGCCCUUUGUGACGUCAUCAGUUUUAACGGUCAAGGACAACUUUCUUCGCACACGUGUGCAGAGUGAAGAGAUCUUUCAAACCAUACCAGAAUGAGCACAAUUCAGUCAAGGACACCGGAGAAAGAAGCAAAACACCACGUGACAAGGACCUGAAAAUCUCCAUGAAAAUCUUGUUCCAUUACCCACCUACCUUUCCUUUCACCUAAUCCUAAGAUCCUAAAAGCUUUCCUAAAAACUCUUCCCACCAAAAUGAAGCCUACUAAAUGCCCAGCAAGAGAAAAAAAAAAUGAGGCAAGAAAAGCGAAAAAAGAAGGGAGGAGAGAAAGCGAAAAGUAAAAGUCAAGACUGCUGAGUCACUUUUAAACCCAAAAACUGUCGAAAUUUUGCUUUCUGCGCAUGCCCGAACUUCGCAAGCUGAUAUUUUGCAUCUGGAUCAGAAGGCCGCCAAGUGUACGACCUGUAAACCGGUUUGUGGUAAGUUUUAGCUCUUUAUAGCACGACAGUGACCAGAAAACCACUCGACUAGCUUCAAAACGCGUUUUUCGGCAAAAUCUCCAGGAGCGAAUGGGUUAAAGGCAUCACAUGUUCACUAGGAUGCCCAGACGCAUCUUCUGACUGCCACGCUGUUAAACCAAAUUCCAUGGUCAACAGCAGGCCACCAGCCAAAAGGAAAAUAUUAAAUUAUAAAAAUAUUCACUUGAGACAAUCAAAGAACAUGUAAAUAUUAUAGCAGAUAAAAAGGAAGGCAAGGAUAGUCAAACUACAUGUAAAAAGGAGAUUAAACAAAAAUUAAUAAUAUUGCAAAGAGUACGGUUUGUGAAACUGUUCAGACGUAUUUGUUCAGCAAGACAUAAUUUAUUUGUUUGUUGUGGAGCUGUGAUUUCAUCAUUUACAUUUCGUAACUUAAUUAUGGUAGCCAGGCUUUCUCAAAACCAGUUUCCAGUUUCUGGUGAGUUUCUGCUGGUUUGGUUUCUCUAUCCUUCGAGCAAAUAACGAAAUCAGGGAGAGAGACUUCCUGAAUUCAUUUGAAGGGAGGGAGUGGCUGCACGUAGGCUCUCACUCGCUUUGUGAACGUCCUGCGCUCUCACAUACUUGUGACAAGUCUACUAAGAUUAGAGCGAGAAAAUAUAUAAGCUGCCCUGACACCACUGCUUCUAGAAUACACCUUUGAUUAUGGGAUAGGGGUGCUUCCUCCAUUUAAUGAUGCUGCUUCUUAAGUUGUCUCGUUGUCUUGCAGCUAAGGAACAGAGAAGUCUGCACGUGCAUUCAUAUCCUUAAACAUUGGUGUGGAAGUUCCCUAAAUUUGAUUGUUUUUUUUUUUAGGUGGUGUCGGUGUUUUAUGGUUUAUCAUGUGGACAAUGUUAACACACGACAGACCAGCUAAUCAUCCAAGAAUAUCCAUCAAAGAAAGAGAAUAUAUUCAAUCUAGUAUAGGAGCAGGGCAGGACAAAGAAAGAAGAGUACGGGAUUUAAAGUUUAUUGAUAAGUAGCCUCAUUUACAAGCUAAUCGUUUUGUUGAGAAAACUGUCAACAGCUUCCUUUGUUUCCUAUCAGUAACGAACGUCACAACGGAGUGAUAUCGUUUUGGGGGGAUGCUGUCCCAAAAUAACAGAUGUUUUUAUGGAUCUUUAACCUUGUUUCAGGAGUUAUAACUUGAUCCCUGUUCAACUUUACAGCACCAAACUUGGUCAAAUGACCAAUAUCAACAUGUCCUUUUAAAUGAAAUUUGUAACUCGCCCCAGUUCCCUACCCCUUCAAAUGCCUGCCACGCUGACUAUAUAAAUUUCCAGGCGUCCAGAUACUGGGGAUGCCACGCGGAAAGGAGAAUGUAUUGAGAAAAUAGAAAAUUUUCAAUAAGCAACUGUUAGCAGUCUCGCGCGAUCAUGAAUUGCGAUGUGAACUAAACGAUAGUCCUGCCCCAGUGUGUAUGUGGAUUAAAGGAGCUGUGUCACGAAAUUCAGACAAAUUAGGGGCCGACCAUUUAACUCUUGACGGGGGGGUGGGUGAUUUUUGGUCGGCAAGAAUUUUUUUUCUAGCAAUCUGGUGGGCAGGAUAUUUUUUUCCCUUCUAAAUGCUCUGCAGGAUAUUUUUUUUCCCUCCUCAUUUCUCUGCAGGAUUUUUUUUUCCUCAAAAAAGGGUCAUGUGUUUACAUAUACAAAAUGUAUUUACACUUACAUUCUGGUCAUUGCAGUAAUAGUUCUAAUAUGGAACUGCAAAGCCUUAAAAUGUUGUAAGCUAUACAAAAUCAUUAUUGUAUAGCUAUCUUUUCAGAAAGUCAUUCUUUACACUCAUUUUAUUACGUCAAAAUAAAGUGAUGCACCACAGGCAGAUGUGAAAGUGUUUAGUUUCUUAAUUAAAAUAAAAUAGCCAAAAAUAGCAAAAAGCAGUUUAGAAAUGCUCAUAGCAUGGUAAUUGCUGCUAGAAUCAUUAGUUGCAAUUUAAAAGUAGACUGAAAUAUCCAAAACCAAUGUGAAAGCAAAAUUGAAGUUAGUUGAUCUUGGUCUAAUUGAAAAAUAGCUCUAAUAAUUUUUGCUCAGUCUUUUUUCAGUCCACUUCUAUACAGUUGCAGCAUUCAGCCAUGUUCAUUGCUGCUGUUAAUUUUUAUCUUGCAGCGCAAUUUUUAUUCAUGAAAUAUACAGCUACUUUUUAUGCACCUAUCAAUGUCUUGCCCAAACAGAGGGAGUGCGGAAAUAGGUGGGGCAUUUGACCUGUGAACUUUGUCCAAGGGAGGGGAUGUUUUGAAUAAGAAUUAAGGUUUGAAAUGGCAGAGGGUGUGGAAUUUGAAAUUUAUUGACCAAAAAUAUUUGAAAUCAAUUGUCAAUAGCCCCUGGGUAUACCUGCACUCCCCCAAUUGGGGCUAGACAUCGAUAAGUGCAUUACUAAAACUUAAAAAAAUAUAUUAUAUUUAUUUAAAUAGAAAAUAAUUACAUAAAAAUGUUUCUGUUAAAAAUGAAAAAAAAAACUUCCUUUGUCUAUAAAAACUUGAUUCUUUAAUUAAAAAAAAUUACCUCCAUUUAUAAUACUGCUUGUGAUAAGCUAAUAAUGCAUUGCACAUAUGACGCAAUAAUUUUGCAGCAUCAUCAAAUCCAGAGUUCAAAGUGAGCAAGGGAAAAAAAUGGUUGCAGUUUUGCUGCGAUUUUUUAAAGACCCCCGGAAUGAUGAAAUAGCUUUGCAACAUUUUUUUUUUUUCUUAGCAGCAAGAAUUUUUUUUUUUCUAUUACAUUUGUGCUGCAUGCAAUUUUUUUUUUCUUCCGACAAGCACUUGCAGGAAAUUUUUUUCAAAAUCACCCACCCCCUCAAGAGUUAAAUGGUCGGCCCCUUAGGUAAUUACAAAAUGCUCGUUAAGUCGAGAGAAACAUAAAAAUAACCGCUUAAAACAUUAAAGGAAGGUUAAAAUAACACAACAGAAACAACAGAUUCUGCGGAUGGGCAAAACUGAAGAAGAUUGAAAUGGAUUGAAAUUAGGGUUUUUGAAAACUGUUUAGCCUAACAGUUUUUCAAAGUUGAUCCCUGCAGCUUGCAACUUCAAAAAUAAUGCUCAGGAGAUCUGAUUUUGUCAUUUACAUGUAAUUUGUUUGCUUACUUAAAGUUCCAUAGUGAUUGAGGGCGAGUAAUUGGCAAAAUUAAACAAAAUGAACUAGACUGCCGUGACAUAGCCCCUUUAACAGAUGAGUGGACCAACUCUGUUGAUCUACGAAACAAAUUUGUUUUAAACGCCAUGUGUACUCAUAUUGAGUAGUCCACCUACUGUCACGGCUCCUCCGUUCGUUGUAGAGCACUAUCCUGGAUUUAACGGUGAACAUCACAUGCAUUUAUUAUAAGCUCAUAUAUUUUCUCUAAAAAGAUUAAUGGGCAAUGGACACUUUCCUGUGUCCCGAGCCACCAGCUCUCAUAUAUCGUCAACCCCACUUUAUGGACACUGGGUAUCUGCGCACUGUCUAUUUUCAUUGUCCUAUUAUGGGCUAAUUUUGGACAUUGCACCCCGUUCAAAUAAUGACAGAUUUAUAUGGGUAAAUACAACUUUAUCAGCCAACAAAACAAAACAAAAGCAUCAACAAAGCAGAACAACACAAUAACAACAGCAAAGUGGAGAGACAUUUAUUAUUAUUAUUAUUAUUAUUAUUAUUGUUGUUGUUAUUAUUAUUUUGAUCAGUCCGUUGUUUCGUCCGGUGUUGAACCGUUAGGCUGUACUUCCUUGGCUUUUUGCUUCAACCAUUGCUCCUUUGUAUCUGAAUAUCGAUAAAACAUGUGGCCAUGUGGCCCUGACGUUUUCGUUGAGAGCCUGCUUAAUACGGACACCCGGAUAAAGCGACGACAUGUCCCCUUGGUGUUUGUAUUAACUGGGUUCUGUAUAUGUAACCUGCUUACUCUAUUUCUUAUGCUAUGUUUUCAGAAACAUGACACACCAUGGCUUGCAAUCUUUUCUUCGCCAGCCGUGUGGGGGAUAAUUGUCGCACAUUUCAGCAACAACUGGGGUUUUUACACCUUUCUUACCUGUUUGCCGUCGUAUUUUAAAGAAGUUCUCAACUUUUCAAUUUCUAAGGUAAGAAAGACGUGUUGGUAUCAAGGAGCGAAGUGAGUUACAUUCAACUUUAUUUAUUGAUUUCUCAUUUAUUUGUUGUCAGUUGAAUACUAUAGUAACAAGUCUAUUUAGAACUAAAUUUUAAAACAUAUAUAUAGAGGAUAUUACACGGUGGCGCGAAGAUAUGAAUUUUAUUUUGGAGUGGCAAAACAAUAUUUUACUCACUCGCUGCGCUCGUUCGUAAAAUAUUGUUUUUGCCACGAGAAAAUAAAAUUCAUAUCUUCCAGCCGCCGUGUAAUGUUCUUUUUAUUAUAUAGACAAAAUGGCAUCGAUAAAACAAUAGAGGGAAAUUACCAAAAUUACGUCAUCGAUAAACUCACGUGUGAGAUUAUGGAAAAUAAACCACUCGGGUCCCGGAUGUAGUUUUUAUGAAUUUUACGAGUGGUAUAUUUUCCAGUAAAACACUCGUGUCUAUAUAAUAAAAUUCCGUAUUCUAUUCUAGUUCAGUUCUGUGUUGCGACUUUUAAUCGGACGAGUCUUAUAUCUGCCCCAAAUGCUGUCCUCUCUCGAUCAGUUAAAUCUUGUUUUAUUUCAGAAUGGUUUCCUGUCUGCCAUCCCGUUUGCUCUUUCGUACAUACUUGGGAUUAGUGCAGGUUAUCUUGCGGAUUGGAUGCGUGAAAACGAUAUAUUAUCCACUGGGGAGGUUAGGAAAGUAUUUGCCACAGGAGGUGAGUGCCCCCACUAGCCCCUCCCCCUAUCUUGAAAUAAUGACAACAGUACAUAAUUAACUAGUUGCUGUAAUAACCAAAUGUUACGGAGUGCGGGUGACAACGAUGUAAGGUCAAACGCUUUGCUCCAACGCAGCGAGUGCUUUGCGUAGGUUUCUCGUGACAAAUGGUCAAAACACCGGUGAUAAGAUGACGAGGGGUAGAGGGUCGAAACGCGCGUGAUCAAACUGCGAUUAAAGGAAAUGUAUCUCUUGAAAGUCGGCUGGCUUAUGGUGUAUUAGGUUAAUGUUAAGUCACGCUAUGUUCACAGUAUACCUCAAAAAGCUAUGAGGUAUACUGUGAACAGCAAUGCCACAGGACUGAAACAAGUCUUUCACACACAUCGAACAUCGUGCCGGAGCCAGCCUCCUCCUGGCAAUGCGAGCGCGAAACGCGAGUGACUGGUUGCGAAGCGCAAGAGACAAUGGGAAGCAGAAAAUCUCGCCCGUUUUCUCCUUCCCGCCUUCCUUUGCGCGCAAAUUUUCAUUGCGAGACACACGUCUGGGUACGAGGUAGUUGCCGGUGCGGUUCUGGCCGAGGGGAUUUGGUUCUCCAAAUGUUGAAUACAGUUAACCGUCUCUAAGGACGCUUUCCAUUUGUCAGAACUGAGCGGCCAGACCAUUCCAGUCAUAAUAAGAAUUUCUUCUUUUAAUCAAAACUAUCCGGUCAGGCCAGUCAGCUGCCAAAUAGCAUGCUCGAAGGAAAUCGUGUUUCAACAAAAACUCUUGGAAAAAAGCAUUUUUCAUUGUCAAAAUGACUGGUUCUGCUAUGAUCCGGUCGGCUAGUUCUGACUUUUGGAAAGCGUUUUAAGACGGACGAUGUCCGUCUUACAGAGAGUCAAAUAAAGGGAGUAAAGAUAGGCAGGGACCGACUCUAGGUGUCCGUUUUUACAGAGGUGUCCGUCAAGAGAGAAUCGAUUGUAUUUACUUCCGUCUCAGUGGAUUCCAGUCCUUGCUCGAACUUACUCACUUCCGCUACGGUCCAAAUACCUGUUCAGACUUCACCAAAAGUAUCGCACAGAACCUAAUAUCCAAUGUGUGACUCUCCACUUUCGAGAUCAGGGUUGCGCAGCCCUGCUCCUUUACAGAAAUUGCGCUGAAAUCACCGUUGUAAACUGUGUUUGCAGAAGCCUUGUCCGAUAUGAUUUUCGUACCGGCGCAAAGGCUAUCCGAUAGACUGUCUAUCCG